UGCCCUAAUGCAGAGAAGCAAUUCUACAAUCACCAAGCGAGCACACAAGACCGUGGUGGUGAAAACUGCAGGAGAGAAAGAGGAAGAAGAAAGUAAAACACACACAAAAAGGUGAAAUAGCAAGACACAAUAUUGGCAUCAAAUAAAGGAACAAGACAGGGAGAAGAAAAAGAACAAAAAAACCUAAAGGUGAUAAAAGGACCGUACAAGCAAAGGACUUUGGCAGCGUUUUCCUUUUGCUCCUUCUUUUUUUAAUUUUGCUUUACGGAGCAAAAUGGGACAGCAGUUCACCAACGCCGAAGGGGAGCAGACGGAGAUUGAUGUUGCAGAACUGCAGGAAUGGUAUAAGAAAUUUGUGGUUGAAUGUCCUAGUGGGACCCUCUUCAUGCACGAAUUCAAGCGGUUCUUCGGGGUCCAGGAUAACCGUGAAGCAGCAGAGUAUAUUGAAAACAUGUUCAGAGCUUUUGAUAAGAACGGGGAUAAUACCAUCGAUUUCCUGGAAUAUGUAGCGGCCUUGAAUCUUGUUUUACGAGGAAAACUGGAACACAAGCUGAGGUGGACAUUCAAAGUAUAUGACAAGGAUGGGAACGGUUGCAUAGAUAAACCUGAGCUGCUGGAAAUUGUUGAGUCUAUCUACAAGCUGAAGAAAGUGUGUCGGUCAGAGGUGGAGGAGAGGACCCCGUUGCUCACGCCGGAGGAGGUGGUGGACAGGAUAUUUCAGUUAGUGGAUGAGAACGGGGAUGGGCAGUUAUCUCUUGAUGAGUUCAUUGAUGGGGCCAGGAAAGACAAGUGGGUGAUGAAGAUGUUGCAAAUGGAUGUAAACCCUGGGGGAUGGAUCUCUGAGCAGAGAAGAAAGAGUGCUUUGUUUUGAGAAAAUUGGGGUUUGAUACAGCUGAAAACCCGAUGCUGACUACAACUGUGGCUCUCUUACUCUAGGGUGGUAGUGGCUUUCCUUUUUAUUACAAUCUCAGCACCCAGAUGAAAACUUCAGUGGUUUAAGAAGCCAUAUCUCAAUCUAAAACCCAUGUGCUUCAUACUGCUGGUACCCAGAGACUAUUUUUGGCCCAUGAAUAACUAUUUCUGUGUACACAAUACCAUGUUUGCCAGCUCUGGUUUUUGGUUACACCCCAAGGAACAAACUUAUUGUGGCUUCCUGCAGUGGAUCCUGGGCAGGGUUUUAUUCUGAUGACAGGCUGGAUGGGGAAGUGAGAAAUCCUGACACAGUGGUACUGUCUCCAGUGCGGACUAGUUGCAUCACUCAUGCCUGCAGAGAUACAAACAACAUCAAACCCAAAGAGACACCAGAAGAGGUGCUCUGGCAGCCUUUAUGCAUGUUUAGUAGACUACACUAACGUAAAAUUAUUGAACACUAGCAUAUCACUAUCAAAAAUGAGAAUUGGAUUAUAAGCGAUAGCCAAAACAAUAGACAGAGCUGAGGAAAACCUAAUGUUUGGGCUGGACAGGUGGAGCAGGAACUCCUUGCAUCUCCCCCGUGUGAACCGGAGUUUGUUCCUUGUACCUGUUCAGAGACCUGGGUUUCUGUGGGGCUGGAAAAAUGCAAUUUCCAAACAGUGAGCAGCAGUGGAAACUGUACUUCUUGACAGUCACAUUCAGAGGACAGAUUUGCACAAGUGUGAUUCUGCUCCUUUUUGGAGCCCCUGUUUCUUACUGAACCAUCACUCUAGAACAGCUUUUCCUGCCCUGUGGAGACUGAAUGAGCUCCAGGAGCUCCAGGACCGUCACUGCACUGGGAGGAAUUUUGUGUGGAAGGGGAGAGAAGGGAAGAGCAGGGUUUUGCUCGGCGGUGCCUCUGUAACAAGAGGACUAGCACUGCUUUAUCGGCAGGACCACAGGCUGGAACAAGUGACAGAAAACCUGAGGGAGCUAUGGCAGUAGUACAGUGGUUUUACACUGGACUUAAUUUAGCCACCAACUAUAGAUAUAAAAUUUGCACAGGUUCUAGGCUGAGCUCUGCUAUUCUAAUCCACAUUCCUACAUAUAUACGUGUAUCUGGAAAGAGAUUUUGUGUUGAACCAACAUUUUGGCUCACCUUUAUUAAAUGUAUUGGCUUAUUUGCAAGAAAAAUUUCCCCAGGGAAGUAACAUGAGAUUGUUUUAUUUUAAUUUUCCCAUGGGACCAGGGGGCCAGGUCAUGCCCAUGAAAAGAUUUGCAAUCCUUUUUUUGUGGCCUUUAAUUAUGACUGCAGUAUCUUUCAUUAGUUCAUUAGUUUGCUGGUUUGUGGUCUCAUCAAUUUGACCGAUGUUCAAAUUCAGGAACUAGAGGAAGUAUUCAGGAUAAGGCACAAUCAGUGCUAGAGUUCAAAUGCAUAUACAUUUCGACUUCUAAAUAACCUUUCUAAGAGUUCUCUGUAAAUACGCACUAGCUUGUGACAUGCUUACUUAUAGGAACUGAUUAGACUCCUAGUUCAUGCUGUAAGGCAGCUGUUUAAAGCUCGUUUAAUUCAAUAGUUUAUCAGCCAGAGAUCAGAAAGAAAAAUCUUAACUUCUGAAUUGGGGCGCUGGAAGAAAAUAUUCACUUUACUGAUUUUUUUCCAACUUGUGGACAAAUGUUUUCAUGGGAGGAUACAAGUAUCUAAUUCCUUAAAUUUCAGCAUCUCAACCAACAUUAACACGCUCUGCUUCUCACACAGUUGUUAAGUGGAUGUUUAGUUCCUACAGCUGCACUCUGCAGGUUUGCUUCAGUGCUUGAAAUUCUCUUGUUCUGUUCAGCUGGUCAGAUCAGGCGGGGAAGGAGCUGGCUGGCCCCCCCACGCCGGCAGUCCUCUGCUGCGGUGGUAGAGGGCAUCCUAACACUGAGCACUUGGGCAGUUGGCAGAAAUUUGGUAACCAUGAAUUUAAUAAAGAAUCAUUUAUUACAA